CGACACACGAACCGACAUUUGGCACAAGAACAUAGCAUCUAGCAUACAACACUAUGGCCGUAGCAAUGACCAACCAAACUUCCACCGGGAUGGACGACGCCAGGAUCGCCGGGUACGACCCUCUGAUCCCUCCUGCGCUUCUGCGUCACGAUAUUCCUUCUCCCACCGAGUCCCACGAGACCAUCCAAAAGGCCCGAACCGCCGCCGCCAAGAUCAUUCACGGUCAAGACGACCGGUUGCUCGUCAUUGUCGGUCCUUGCUCGAUCCACGACCCGGACCAGGCCAGGGAGUAUGCGACCAAGUUGAGAGGAGAGGUUGCCAAUGGCAGGUGGCCCGAUCUCGAGGUGAUCAUGAGGGUCUACUUUGAGAAGCCUCGAACGACAGUCGGAUGGAAGGGUCUCAUCAACGACCCCGAUAUCGACAACUCGUUCAAGAUCAACAAGGGUCUCCGACUCGCCCGAGAGCUCAUGCGGGACAUCACCUCGAUGGGCAUGCCCGUCGGUUCCGAACUCCUCGAUACCAUUUCCCCACAAUUCAUCUCGGACCUCAUCUCCUGGGGUGCUAUCGGAGCUCGAACGACCGAAUCUCAACUCCACCGAGAGUUGGCUUCCGGUGUCUCGUUCCCUAUCGGAUUCAAGAACGGGACCGAUGGGUCGGCCAGUGUGGCGAUCGACGCGAUGGGCUCGGCCGAGCAUGCGCAUUGCUUCAUGGGUGUGACAGAGGCUGGUAUGGCCGCGAUCGUCAAGACGAGCGGGAACAAGGACGUUCACAUCAUCCUUCGAGGAGGGUCCGGCGGUCCCAACUACACCUCGGAUUACGUCGAGAAAUACCUCGCCAACAUCGCCUCGAGCCGAAAACACGCCUACGCCUCGCUCAUGAUCGACGCCUCGCACGCCAAUUCGUCCAAAAACUACAAGAACCAGCCGAUUGUCUGCGAUGAUAUCUGCCGUCAGCUCGAGGCCGGGCAAAAGGGAAUCUCCGGGGUCAUGAUCGAGAGCAACUUGAGGGAGGGUAAACAGAGCUCUGACAAGGGGAGGGAGCACUUGGAAUACGGUGUUUCCAUCACCGACGGAUGCGUUUCGUGGGAGACCACGCUCGACAUGCUCGACAAGCUCAACAAGGCCGUCAUCAAGCGAAGAGAAGUUUCGGCUUCCGCCUAGAUGCCCAAUCUUUUCCCGGAUCUAGUCCGCAGCGGUCAAAUGGUCUUGCCGCAUGAACCGGUUUGCGAUUCGAUCCCCACCUGGCUCUCUCCUCCUCUCUGCCCCCAAAAGUCACAACCCACAUGUAGCAUAAUUAGGUCUCCUUGUUUCCGUCUCUUCUUUGGCUAGGAUGUGAUCGCUUCAUGUCAUAUCGGCCCUAUCAUGCGCUAUGCGAGAUUGAACGAUACAGGACAAAUCCCUCUGGAACUCAGCUCGCAGCCGGCCCGUGCACAAACUGUUUGACCCGAUGACCUCUUUCCUGUCCCGGUCCGUCACCGUGACCUUCGUACCAGCACGUUCGGCAGUAAGGAUCUGAAUCGCAGGUCAAGCAGAUCAAGGUCGCAUCGGCGUUACAGAUGC